AUGUUGACGCCGGCGACCGACGGGCCGUCUGUGGCCCUGUCAUUUGCCAACAACUUCUGGGGCAAGGACGAUGCUGGCGUCGGUCCUCUGCUCGAGCGCAUGGCCGGUGCCAAGCAGACAUGCGACGAGCUGCGCGCAUUCUACAAUGCCCGAGCCUCGAUCGAAGACGAAUAUGCCCGCAAACUUCUAUCGCUCUGCCGUAAGCCGCUGGGGUCGCAAGAGAUGGGCGGCGUGAAGCUGUCGCUGGACGUCAUGCGCGGCGAAGUCGAGUCGAUGGCAAAGCAGCACCAGUCAAUUGCCGCACAGAUGAAGACGGAGCUCGAGGAGCCGCUGGCGGCCUUUGCCGGUGCCAUGAAGGAGCGCCGCAAGAUUGUGCAGAACAGCAUCGAGAAGCUGCACAAGGUCAAGGUGCAGCAGACGCAGCAAGUCAACAAAACCCGCGACCGGUUCGAGCAGGAAUGCCUGAAGAUCAAGGGCUACCUCGCCCAAGGCCACAUGGUCAUGGGCCAGGAGGAGCGCAAGAACAAGGCCAAGCUCGAGAAGACGCAGAUCAGCGUUGCCACGUCCAACACCGAGUAUGAGAACGCCGUCAAGAUCCUCGAAGAGACGACGGCCCGCUGGAACCGCGAGUGGAAAGCCGCCGCCGACAAGUUCCAGGACCUCGAGGAGGAGCGGCUCGACUUCACCAAGAGCAGCCUGUGGUCCUUUGCCAACAUCUCGUCCACGGUCUGUGUUAGCGACGACGCAUCGUGCGAGAAGAUCCGCCUGGCUCUGGAGAAGCUCGAGGUCGAGAAGGACAUUGCCAGCUUCAUCCGUGAACGGGGCACCGGCCAGGAGAUCCCCGAUCCGCCCAAGUACAUCAACUUCUGCCGCGGCGACCUCGACUCGCAGUCUGAGGCGUCCGAGGACGACUACUCCGUCGCCCAGUUCCCCCGCAGCAUCAACCCAGCGUACCGCACGUCUUCGCCCCAGCCGUCGACCUACGAGUCACACCACGACCCGAACUCGGCUCUGGCCCGCGACAUGGGCCACGAGCUUAUCGAGCUCACCACCCCGCACAAGCCUGCAGCGCCAUCUGCCGUGGCCCAGCGCACGCCUCACCCCGACACUUCCAGCCAGGCCACGCCGCGUCAGAUGCAGCAGCAGCAACAGCUUGCCAAGGACAAUAUACCACCCUACGACCCGAACGAUUUCGCACCCGUUCCGCACGACCCGUACCCUCUGGAUGGCAUGACCAUGCUCUGCCGCACAAACAAUGGCGGGCCGCAGUCGGACCUCGGGUCCCAGCUCAGCUCCAACAGCGCGGCUACAUCCGGCCGCCCAUCGAGCCGCGACUCGCACAGCGACUUCUCCAACCUGACCCCCUACUCAAGCCAAGAGCUGCCGAGCGGCAAAGUCUCACCAGUGAAGGCUGAGCCGCCCAGCGCCGUGAUGCCCGUCGACGAGAAAAGGGCCAUGAAGAAGAAGAGCGGCUUCUUCCAGAACCACAGUCCGUUCCGCCGCAAGAGUACCAAGGAUAUCUCGACGAGCUCCAACGCCGCCUCGCACAGAAACACCUGGCACCCACAGGCCGCCUCAACUCAGGUGCAGGCUCAGGUACCGCCGAACAAUGUGACACGUGCAUCCGUCUACGGUGGCGGCGGCCACCAGCGCCAGCAGUCGCAGCACCAGCUGAUGCAGCUUGAACGGACAGCCAGCCCUGAUCCCAUUGACGCGAACGCCAGCCUUGCACUAAAUGUGGGCCAGAACGUCUUUGCCGUGUCGACACCGGAUCGCCAUGCGGGCAGUGGCAACGCGCCGCAGACGAGCGAGCCGGAGGCGGCCGAGGACGACCCAAUUGCCCAGGCACUCGCAGAACUCAAGGGCGUCACUCUGGGCAAGCAGGCUUCUGUACGGGUCUCAGCCGACCACUACCACGGCAUCGCAACACCGGCGCCUGGGGCUCGUGCCAACCAGUUCGCCAAGAACAGCGCUGUCGCCGCAGGCAUGCGCGGUACGCCACCACCGUCCUACGACCAGCAAGUCCAGCGCCUGGGUGUGCCGUCCCCCGCGGUCACGUCCAAGGCCAUGAAGCAGACCAACGAGUACCAGCAGGGCGGUGGUGGUACCGGACAAGGCGGUGUCUACGGUACCUCGCCAGCACGGCAGGGCACACGCAGCAGCUACGACCUGCCUCGUGCCGCCUCCCCCGCCCCGAGACGUAGUGCGUCGCCGCGGCCAGGAACGGCGGCCACCAUGCACCAGCAGCAGCAGCAGCAGCAGCAGCAACAACAACAACAACAACAACAACAACAACAACAACAACAACAACAACAACAAGCGCCAGCCCAGCAGCAGCAGCGGCCGGAUCCGCGCAUGAAUCACCGGUCGGCGUCUCCCAACCCUUACGCCAGCCGGCCACCAUCACGUCAGCAACAACAGCAGCAGACGCCGAACCGGGCAUCCGACCAGUACUACUCUCGGCAUGCCUCGCCCAACGACAUGUCGCGUGCAGCGUCCCCGUCGCCCUACCGCACAGAGCAGCCGAGCCGUCCCCGCAGCAGCAUGGCCAACCACAACAGCGCCGACGUUCGUGCCCAGUCGCCCUAUGUAGGCGACGACGGCUAUGGGUCGCAGCGCAGCCGCGGUGGUAGUACCAGCCGGCCUGGAACUAGCAACUCCAACUCGCGUGCCAUGGGUCUCUAUGAGGGCGGUGGUGGCUCGAUGCGGUCGUCACGGAGCAAGAGCAUUGGCGAGAACGUGCAGUUCACGCGCGACGGUCGUCCGAUUAUGCAUUUUGCACGGGCUUUGUAUGUCUACCAGGCCGCCAUUCCUGAGGAGUUAGGCUUCGCGAAGGGCGAUAUUCUGGCCGUCCUGCGCCACCAGGACGAUGGUUGGUGGGAGGCGACUGUGCACGGCAACACGAACGGCAAUGGGCAGGUCGGCCUGGUGCCCAGCAACUACUUGCAGCCGCUGUGA